AAAAUCACUGUUUUGUUUUCAUUGCGGAGCCCCGAAAAUUUGAAACGUUUGUAUGGAAAAUACUCUGACAAAAUUGUUUCAAUUGUGCAGAAAAUUUGUUUAGUUUAUAGCUUAGUAGUAGAAUCUACCGUGGCAGUUGAGGAUUUUAAAUUACCUCCUCUAACAACGCUGAUAUCUUAAAGCGAAUCGAUUAUGGCCGGAGACAAAAAGCGUCGUUCCCGGUCACGGGAACGUGUGGACACGGAACGGGAUCGUGCACGUGAUCGUUACCGGGAGCACUUGAACGAACGGGAUCGGGACCGAGACCGAGAGCGGGAAUAUAUAAACGAACGCGAUAGAGAUCGCGAACGUGACAGGGACUAUUUGAACGAACGUGAUCGAGAUCGAGAACGCGAACGAGAUCGUGAUCGGCUAGAUAGGGAACGUGACCGUGAACGAGAUCGGGACCGUGGUUAUGCAGACAGACUAUCUGCUUCCAACAGGGAUCGCGUCGGGGAAGGAAUAACCAAACGCCGGUCGUCGGGUGAAUGGAACCGUGAUAAAAAGAAAAAGAAAGAUGAACCUGAGAAAAAAGAGGAAUCUGAAGAAGUCGAGGAAAAGAAGGCAAUGUUGAAGCAGGAAACGGGAUCCAAGAAGGAACCACUUUCGCUUGAGGAACUUCUAGCAAGAAAAAAAGCGGAGGAACAAGCAAGAAGUAAACCUGUGUUUAUCACCAAGGAACAGCGAGCGGCCGAAGCUUUGAAGAGAAGACAGGAAGAGGUGGCUGCAAUGAAAGCUGCUACUUCGAAUUCUGUUGCCAAAUUUGGAGAUGUGCCUGUUACGGUUCUGCUCAAUCGAGAGAAAAAGGAUCCCCUGGAGAAAUACGAUCGAAGAGAAAGGGAACGCGAACGGGAACGGGAGCGAGAAAGAGCUAGAAAUCGUGAUCGAGAUGGUAAGGACAAAGACGGCGACGAUGACAAGAAACGUUCGGCUACGGAUGAUCCUAGCUCGAAAGACAAGGAAAAAGAACAGGAAGCUAUUCGGGAACGAUAUUUGGGAAUAAUAAAAAAGAAAAGGCGCGUGCGAAGACUGAACGACAGGAAAUUCGUGUUUGAUUGGGAUGCAGCAGAGGAUACUUCUGUGGAUUACAACAAUCUUUACAAGGAACGACAUCAUGUUCAGUUUUUCGGUCGCGGUAAUAUUGCUGGAAUCGAUAUCAAAGAUCAGAAGAAAAAGCAGAGUAAAUUUUACGGAGAUUUACUGGAAAAGCGACGAACCGAUGCCGAGAAAGAACAGGAAAAGGUUCGUUUGAAGAAGGUCAAAAAGAAAGAAGAAAAACAGAAAUGGGACGAUCGGCACUGGUCGGAAAAGGAAUGCGAUGAAAUGACUGAACGAGACUGGCGUAUCUUCCGAGAGGAUUAUAACAUUACCAUCAAGGGAGGUAAGAUUCCAAAUCCCUUCAGAUCAUGGAAGGAAUCCGGUUUUCCGAAAGAAAUCUUGGAUAUUAUCGAUAAGGUUGGAUACAAGGAACCAACUCCUAUUCAGCGGCAAGCUAUUCCGAUUGGUUUGCAGAACAGGGACAUCAUCGGUAUUGCUGAAACCGGUUCCGGUAAGACAUUAGCCUUUUUGAUUCCACUGUUGAAUUGGAUUCAAUCGCUUCCGAAGAUCGAUCGACUAGAAACGGCUGAUCAGGGCCCUUACGCGAUUAUUCUGGCCCCAACCCGUGAGUUGGCACAACAGAUCGAGGAAGAAACGCAGAAAUUUGGACAACCGUUGGGUAUUCGUACAGUUGUUGUUGUAGGUGGUUUAUCCCGAGAAGAGCAAGGAUUCCGGCUUCGGCUCGGUUGCGAAAUUGUCAUUGCCACCCCGGGUCGUUUGAUUGAUGUUUUGGAGAACCGUUACUUGGUAUUGAAUCAGUGUACGUACAUCGUUUUGGAUGAGGCUGAUCGUAUGAUUGACAUGGGUUUUGAACCGGAUGUGCAGAAAAUUUUGGAAUACAUGCCCGUAACCAAUUUGAAACCGGACACCGAGGAAGCUGAAGAUGCCUCCAAACUGAUGGCAAACUUUAAUACCAAAAAGAAGUAUCGUCAAACGGUGAUGUUCACGGCCACUAUGCCUCCGGCUGUGGAACGUCUUGCCCGUACGUAUCUUCGUCGUCCUGCUACAGUUUAUAUUGGUUCCGUUGGUCGUCCAACCGAACGAACGGAACAGAUUGUACACAUCAUGACCGAGAACGAGAAGCGUAAGAAGUUGAUGGAAAUUCUGUCCCGGGGUGUCGAACCUCCGUGCAUUAUCUUCGUCAACCAGAAGAAAGGUGCGGACGUUCUUGCCAAAGGAUUGGAAAAAUUGGGCUACAACGCCUGUACGCUGCACGGUGGCAAAGGUCAGGAACAGCGAGAGUACGCUCUGGCUUCGCUCAAGAACGGCUCGAAAGACAUUCUGGUCGCGACGGAUGUUGCUGGUCGUGGUAUCGAUAUCAAGGACGUUUCGCUGGUCAUCAACUACGACAUGGCCAAAACGAUCGAGGAUUACACCCAUCGUAUUGGGCGUACUGGUCGUGCCGGUAAGACCGGUUGUGCUAUUUCCUUCUGCACCAAGGACGACAGUCAUCUGUUCUACGAUCUGAAGCAGAUAAUUAUGGCGAGUCCGGUGUCGGUUUGUCCGCCGGAACUGAUGAAUCAUGCUGACGCUCAGCAUAAACCCGGAACAGUGGUCACCAAGAAACGAAGAGAGGAAAAGAUUUUCGCCUAAUCUUCGGCUAGGAUUAAUCUUGUCACGAUUACGAUUGCAAGACAACAAUGUGUAGGAAGUUCUGUCAA